GAGAUACCACCUUUAUGCGCCAUAAAUAUGCUGCGUCACCCAUGCCAUUCCUCACACAGCAUGUCCCGUUGUUACCACGAACGGGACCUUUAAUUUGUUUGCUUACUAGUUGAACUGGUGAGUUAUUAGCGCGAUAGUAAGCCAGGUGGGCCUGCCCUGGCGAUCAUCUUCAUAGUUCAUAAGGGUAUUCAGAAGUGUAGCACUGCACUGCACACAUAGUUCGUCUGGAAAAACGUUCGUAAUCUGUGGUAUCAACCUGAAACAUGGUGAAGUCCAAAAGAUUGGUGUUCGCGCGUCAGUUUGAUGGAAUGCCGAAGGAGUCGGACUUUCAGCUGGUGGAAGAGGAGACGCCAGCGCUGAAGGAUGGGGAAAUCCUGGUUGAGUCACUCUUCAACAGCGUCGACCCGUACAUGCGACCUUAUACAAGAGUGCUACCAACGGGUAUAACCAUGAUCGGAGAAGGAUGCGGUCGGGUGAUAGAAUCCAAAAGUUCCGACUUCCCUGUGGGUACCGUUGUCAUGCACCAGUAUGGCUGGUGCACCCAUGCCGUGCUGGACACCAAAAAGCCGGACCCGGAGAGACCCAUCCGGAAGGCCCCAGCAGACUACCCGAAGGACCUGCCGCUGUCUCUCCUGCUGGGAGCCGUCGGGAUGACUGGCAUGACUGCCUACUUUGGUUUCUUGAAGUUGUGUGAACCCAAGGAAGGGGAGACCGUCUUUGUCAAUGGGGCUGCGGGUGCUGUCGGGAGUCUUGUCGGCCAAAUAGCUAAGAUCAAGGGCUGCAGGGCGGUCGGCUCUGCCGGAAGUGACGCAAAGGUGGCCUGGCUGAAGGAACUUGGGUUUGACGCCGCCUUCAACUACAAAACUGUGUCGUCAUUGGACGCAGCUCUGAAGGAAGCAGCACCCUAUGGGAUUGACUGUUACUUUGACAACGUGGGAGCAGACUUCACCAGCACCGUGCUGAACCACAUGAACCUGUACGGACGUGUGUCCAUCUGUGGCAGCAUCUCAACUUACAACGACAACGAGAUGGCUAAAGGUCCCUAUCCGUUCGUGACGAUUCUGUCCAAGCAGCUGACCGUCGCCGGGUUUAAAGUCCCUCGCUGGUUCAAGGAAUGGCCAAAGGGAAUGGAACAAAUGGCGCAAUGGAUCAAGGAGGGAAAGAUCAAGUACAAGGAACAUGUGACCGAAGGUUUUGAAAACAUGCCCAAAGCUUUCAUCGGCAUGCUCGUGGGAGAGAACACAGGGAAGGCUGUCGUCAAGCUCUGAG